AUGGCUGCGCCCGCGACGCCGAGGACGUCGCUGAUCCUCCCGCGUGCCUCCUCGCACUCGCACUCCCAGCCCAGCGCCGUUGGCCUCAGCUCCGACCGCGUCGCCGCCUCCCGCCGCCGGCGCGGCGACUUCGUUUUCGUCGUCAAUCCCUCCGGCGCCAAUGGCCGCACGGGAAAGCAGUGGAAGCAGUUGCUGCCGCUCCUCCGCACCCGCCUCGCCGAUCAGUGCAACAUUUGCGAGUGCAUCACUUCGGGCCCGUCCCAUGCCAUAGAUGUCACAAGGGAGGCUAUAAAGGAUGGGGCUGAUGCCGUGAUCGCUGUUGGAGGUGAUGGUACCCUUCAUGAGGUGGUCAAUGGUUUCUUUUGGAAAGGAAGUCCAGUGCGUGCUCUGGAUCGAGGGCCUGACCACUCAACGGCGCUUGGUCUCAUUCCACUUGGAACCGGCUCAGAUUUUGCUCGGACAUUUGGCUGGACAAAUGAUCCUCGUGACGCGAUUGAUCGAAUUGUGAGAGGAGUAAAAUCAAAAGUAGACAUAGGCGUGAUGGAGGGUCCAAACAGGGAACCACACUUCUUUGUUAAUGUUGCUGAUAUCCAUUUGAGUGCUAAGGCAGGCUAUUUUGCUUCUAUGUACAAGAGAUUUGGCAACUUAUGCUAUGUAUUUGGAGCUUUAAGAGGCUUUUGGGGACAUAAUAAUCAUGAUAUGAGAAUAAAGGUAAAUGGGGGAGAAUGGAGAACCGUCCAUAAAGUCACUGCCCUGUGCAUAGGGAAUGCCAAGUACUUUGGUGGUGGUAUGAAGAUAACUCCAACAGCUGAUCUGUUUAGUGGCAACCUUGAGGUUGUUAUUCUUCAAGAUUUCAAAUGGUACGACUUUCUUCUGAAGCUACACAGGCUCUAUGGAGGCACACAUCUAUCAGUGAAUGGUGUUUCGUCAAUGAGGGUUCAAUCAAUUGAAGUAGCAGAGGUGACGGCUAGCGGUGGCAUCUUUGUGCAAUCUGAUGGAGAGCAUUUCGGCUUUCUGCCAUCCAAAUUUUCAGUUCUUCCUGGUGCAGUUGAUUUCUUCUGCUAG